CCGCGGCCCCGCGGCAGGAUGAUCCACGAGCUGCUGCUGGCUCUGAGCGGGUACCCGGGGGCGGCCUUCACCUGGAGCAAGCGCGGCGGCCUCCAGGUGUCUCAGGAGCUGCCGUUUCUGCACCCCAGCGAGACCAGCGUCCUGAACCGGCUCUGCCGCCUCGGCACCGACUACAUCCGCUUCGCUGAAUUCGUGGAGCAAUACACGGGACAUGUACAACAGCAGGAUCACCAUCCAUCUCAGCAAAACCAGAGUGGAUUGCAUGGCAUUUAUUUGAGGGCCUUCUGCACAGGUCUUGAUUCAGUGCUGCAGCCUUAUCGACAGGCGCUACUUGACCUAGAACAAGAGUUUCUGGCUGACCCACAUCUUUCUAUCUCACAUGUUAAUUACUCCUUGGACCAGUUUCAGUUACUCUUCCCCUCCGUGAUGGUCAUGGUGGAACAGAUCAAAACUCAGAAGAUUCAUGGAUGCCAGAUAUUGGAGACAGUCCACAAACACAGCUGUGGGGGGUUGCCUCCUGUUCGCAGUGCUCUUGAAAAGAUUCUGGCUGUGUGCCAUGGAGUCAUGUAUAAGCAACUCUCUGCCUGGAUGCUGCAUGGAUUGCUACUAGACCAACAUGAAGAGUUCUUUAUCAAACAGGGCCCCUCUUCUGGAAAUGUCCCUAGUCAACCUGAAGAAGAUGACGAUGAUUUAGGAAUUGGGGGACUUACAGGAAAGCAGCUACGGGAACUGCAGGACCUGCGCUUGAUUGAGGAGGAGAACAUGUUAGCUCCGUCUCUAAAGCAGUUUUCGUUGAGAGUAGAAAUGCUGCCUUCAUACAUUCCUGUACGGGUUGCUGAGAAAAUCCUCUUUGUGGGAGAAUCUGUUCAGAUGUUUGAGAAUCAGAAUGUUAACCUGACCAGAAAAGGCUCCAUCCUAAAAAACCAGGAGGACACUUUUGCAGCAGAGCUACAUCGACUCAAGCAGCAACCACUUUUUAGUUUGGUGGACUUUGAAUCAGUGGUUGACUGGAUACGGAGCACUGUUGCUGAGCAUCUUUGGAAACUGAUGGUGGAGGAAUCAGAUCUACUAGGACAGCUGAAGAUUAUAAAAGACUUUUACCUUCUGGGAAGAGGUGAGCUGUUUCAGGCCUUCAUUGACACUGCACAGCACAUGUUAAAGACACCACCCACGGCUGUAACUGAACAUGAUGUCAACAUUGCAUUUCAGCAGUCUGCUCAUAAGGUGCUGUUAGAUGAUGACAACCUUCUUCCUCUUCUUCACUUAACCAUUGAGUAUCAUGGAAAGGAACAUAAAGCACCUUGCUUGUUUUUAGAUACUUGUCAGAGUCGUGAAGGGCCUUCCCGGGAAUUAUCUCCACGUGAAGCCCCCACAUCAGGAUGGGCAGCUCUGGGCCUUUCAUACAAAGUUCAGUGGCCACUGCACAUUCUUUUUACUCCUGCUGUUCUCGAGAAGUACAACGUUGUGUUCAAAUACCUGCUGAGUGUGCGAAGGGUCCAGGCUGAGCUACAGCACUGCUGGGCUCUCCAGAUGCAACGCAAACACCUGAAAUCUAACAGAACAGAUGCCAUCAAGUGGCGUCUGAGGGAUCACAUGGCUUUCCUCGUGGACAAUCUUCAGUAUUAUCUGCAGGUAGAUGUACUGGAGUCUCAGUUCUCACAGCUUCUGCAGCAGAUAAAUGCUACGAGAGAUUUUGAGAGUAUACGACUGGCUCAUGAUCAUUUCCUCAGUAAUUUGUUGGCUCAGUCUUUCAUCCUCCUAAAACCUGUUUUCCACUGCUUAAAUGAAAUUCUGGAUCUUUGUCAUAGCUUUUGCUCUCUGGUCAGUCAGAAUCUGGGCCCAUUAGAUGAACGGGGAGCAGCACAACUCAGUAUUUUGGUGAAGGGAUUCAGUCGUCAGUCAUCACUUCUCUUCAAGAUUCUCUCUAGUGUUCGCAAUCAUCAGAUAAACUCUGACUUAGCUCAACUGCUGCUGCGCUUGGAUUAUAACAAAUACUACACCCAGGCUGGAGGAACCUUGGGCAGUUUUGGCGUUUAAGCACUAAAGGCCUUUCCUUCAGGCUGUGACUAGUGAUGUGUCAAGCACUGGAAACUGGUGCUCUUGGACAGUUGGAGAGUUUGCACUCAAAUGAAUUUUUCUUUGUAGCUGGC